AUUACUAUUUUAUAUGAUCUAGGGCUUCGGUUUUUAGAUCGAACCUUUAUCAGGAAUACGUAUACGCAACUAGCACUCCAUCGUCAGCCUCGGUUACCAAUUCGCACCUCUCUCUACGACGCAGCCAAUUCUUAUUAAUUGAGAUUUGAUUACUUAUGUUCUUCUUGAAUCUUUAACCAAAAUGGAGCCACCACACAAACGACAGCGUCUUUCAUGGGCCAAGUCAGCAGAAUCUACAAACGACGUCGACCUACAGAUCGCCCGAGCUCAAAAUGAUCAGAAACUCAAAUCUCUCUUCGAAGGUAUUUUCAAGAAGUACGGCAAGGAUUUCAGUGAUAUAGGUGACGAGAUUGAUCUGAGGACUGGUGAAAUUGUGGUCAAUAAGGGUCAUGUGCAGCGAAUGGAACAUGAAGAUGAUACGGGAGAAUUGACGGAAGAGGAAUUGGAAGAGGAAAUACCUCCAGAUGAACACAGAACUACCGACGACGGGAAUACGGCGUUCAUGUUUCAAAAGGCGGGAAAGGCUAUUCUUGAUGGCAAUGAAGAUAUGGAAACCGGUCCCGUACGCAGUAUAAGCCCGGACAAUCAGCAUCCACCUACUAUACACAAACCGACCGAUCCUAAGUGGCAAGCUCCCGAGAUAGAUGCGAAUUUCUGGACGCCGCUGAGGAAAGCAAUUCCAUUACCAGUACAUGAGACCCCACAUACACAACGCUCUAAAUCUCCCCCAACUGCAAAAUCAGUCUGGGCAGUACCCUCCCCAGGACGCUCCAGGGGCUCAACAUCAAAAAAGCAAAGCGUUUCUGGCAGCAAGAAAACUUCGACAGUACGCUCAAAACCGAAACGUAAAACUCCAAUUAAACUUGACUGGAGUUUUGCGCGCAUACAAAGGGAUGACAGUGACUCGGAUGAUCCGCUUCAAGAUGAUUCACUACCUUCAAGCAUUCGUUCAAAAAAAGUCCCCGGACGCACCAGUGUUUCGGUUACACCAAAAGCGUUGGAUGUUAUUUCCAAUAACAUCACUGAUAACGGUCGAAAACGCGACGACAAAGCUGGUGAGGUAGAGAUCAUCGAGACGUCGGAAAAAGUAGAGGAAUCUACACCUGUGCCUGACACACCGCAAUUGCUCUCCUCGAGUCCAGUGAUGACAUACGAGACGCCGACACAUACACGUUAUCCAGUAAACUUUGAUUCGCCCUCAAUUAUCAAACCGGAAGAAGUUAUUCUUACACCAGACGAAGUCAAAGUGAUUGUCAAAUUCAAAUGCCAGUCUCCCAAUAAUCUGUGCAUGGGAGAUAUGGUUAAACAUCUGCAAGGGAGAACAUUGGAAGACUUGCUAAACUGGGCGGAUCAUCAUUCGCUCCUGUUUUUGUCUAACCGAUUUGUGAGUACUGCCGGUUGGUCCACGGAGGAUCUGGAGAAACUUGAUGGGUUCGCAGAUGAGUCCGGUAUCUGGUGGCGGGAUAUCCAGAUGAAGUUACCUCAUCGAUCAAGGAGGGAGAUUGAGAAGCAAAUGAUACGAAUAUGGAGUGAGAGGAUAGUAGAUGAACCGAAGGAAAAGAUUGAGGAGGAUGACGAAGUGACUGAACUGCCGGCGACAGAGCGAGAACAAUCACAGGCGCCGCACUCGGAUGGUACUGACCCUGCCUUAAAAGCAGACGACGUUGUGUCGAACAAUAAUCUGGAGGAUGAUGGGGAAGUGAUUGAGAUGCCGACAACAGAGCGAGAAUAUUCACAGUCGUCGCAUCCGGAUAAGAUUGAAUCCGUCUUGGGAACGGGCGAUGUUAUGUCGAACAAUGAUUUGGAGGACUUUUCUGAAGAAGAGUUGGAUAACGACUGGUCGAGCAUUUCAGCUAUUGGCGUGAGACCCCCUAUCUCAAUGCCAUAUAACGAAGUCAUUGCAGCUUCACUUCUAUAA